GGGCGACCCGGGCGAGCCGUUGCCCCUCUCCAGCAACAAGUGCUGGUAUGGCACCAAGUUUCAUCCCCUCUUUGUGUGAAGAUUCAGGCAUAUGUAGGGCUGUGACAAUAAUGAUGCAAAAAUGGCGUUGGCCACACGGUAGUGUCGGUAUAUUAACCACGUCCAACGUCUCCAGUAUCGACCAUUGCCAAGAGGAGCCCCUUAUAUAUGCCUUCUUUGAUGCCUUUCCAGGCGGCACACCUCUCUUGCAAUUCCAGCUCAAUCCCCCGUCAACCUCUAUCCACUCAAGCAUCUGCAUUUACAUUUACCUAUCAUGGAUCGCAUAAGGGAGAUCGUCUUCACUCAAGUGGAUAAAAGGCCCAAGGCCAAGAAAACGACACUUGUAUCAAGAUGUCUCUGUUCAAGUAUUGCUGCUUUUUGGGCACAUGCUCAAAUGCUCGCCCAGACAGACAAGUCGUGGAUCUAUGUAGCCAACAUGCCACCGUUCCGCGUUACAAAACUAUCAAGGAACACCAAAGGGCUAUUUAGAGAAUACAAAAUACACAAAAAGGUUGACACGAUAUUCAAGGCAAUGUCCAAGGAGUUAAUUAUAUGCGGCCUCGACAUUGAUCUUCCGUUUGUCCCUGAAUGCUCCAAUUUCUAUCCCAACAUCUCGUCGUCGCCGUGCUCUGAAACCCUCAAGCAUCUGAAUGGUUUUCCAACAGACGCAAGCGGAUAUUUCAUGGAGUAUAUCCGUCCCUUGAAUGAACAUCAUACCAAAUAUCUCAUCAAACGCUACUUGACCCGUAGCGCCCAGUGCCAAGCUCUCAGCACCGGUCAAUCCAAGCACUUUCUCGCAAAGGUCUACCUGGGAGACACUAAGCCGCUGUCUGAUCCCUGGAAUACUAAUAUGCACGACCGCCCAGCAUAUCUAGAUCAUUUACUCGCAGAGCGCGUCGAAGUUUCCUAUCUCGCUGCCUCCAUGGGUGCAACUCUCGCAAUACUUCAUUGGAGCUGCGGUGUUGAUGCUCGAGGCGUCGAGUUUGUCCUGGGGAGAGAUGCUCGGGGCCACGUGCAGUUUUGGCUGAUCGAUUUUGCUGACUGCGCGGCAUUUCCAAAAACCCCUGAAGCUGUCACCACGCAGCUUGUAGAUGCAGUGAUGGAUAACGAGCCAUUCUGGCCUCGUUUCAUAAACAUCCAAGCCUUAAGGGAACUGUGGGCGCAUUUCAGAGACGCGUACCUUGCAAUUAGCGAUUUUAUCAUGACUGAUGCCAUGAUUGCUUAUGAUAAUGAUGCUGUGAGAGCACUACCAUGCUUAUUCAUGAUGGAGUUGGAAAAGAUAAGAGGUUCUGGCCAGCUUUUGGCAUAAAAAAAAAAAAAGGGGGGGGGGGGGG